GUAACAGAAUCCUUCUGGAGAUUUGCAUCCCUAUGAAUGCAGUUCCUACCCUUAGAAAAAGCUUAAACCAACAGUGUCAUUACCAGACACAUCCCAGCAGACCAGCACAAGAGUCACAAUUUCCCUUUUUGCAGUUUUUCCAAGAACAGAAGAAUCACCGCAGGUUUGGAAAACAACAGUUAGAAAGAUGCUUACUCCAGUUGGUCUCAUCUCUAUGAUACUUUUGGGACUUGAGUCCCUUGUUGCAAGCCUGGGAAAUGGAUUUAUUAUAGUUGUGAUUUUCAUUGGCUGGAUCAAAAGCAGAAAGGUGGCCUCCUGUGAGCUCAUUCUGACCUCCCUGAGUAUCUCCAGGUUUCUCCUACAAUGGAUUGUAAUGCUGAGCAACGUCAUCUAUAUCGUUUUUCCAAGGACUUCUGCACUAGGAUGCAAACACAAAGGAUUCGGAAUCCUGUGGAAUUUUCUAAACAUGGUCAGUCUCUGGUGUGCCGCCUGGCUUAGCGUCUUCUACUCUGUAAAGAUUGCCAACUUCACCCGACCCUUCUUUCUCUGGUUGAAGCUGAGAAUUGCUUGGCUGGUGCCAAGGCUGCUCCUGGGGUCCCUGAUGGUUUCCUUGGUCAGUACCAUCCCAUUAGUCUGGACUGAUGUUGGGUUUGAUCUGUGCAACUCAAGAAAAAUCCCAGAAGGAAAUACAACCUUGAAUGAUACUAAGGAUAUCCCAUAUCUCUUCUUUAUGCCUAUGGAAAUCAUUGUAUCUGCCAUCCCUUUCAUCAUAUUCUUGUUUUCAUCCAUCCUAUUGCUCAUCUCUCAAUGGAAACACACCAAGAAAAUGAAAAACAAUGUUACUGGUUUGAAAGAUCUCAGUGUGGCAGCCCACACCAAUGCCAUGAAAUCUCUGCUCUCCUUUUUUAUCCUCUUCAUUAUAUAUUUUGUGACUAUAAUAGUCAUCUUGGCAGGCACAAUCAGAUUUCAAAACCCUGCCCGUUUAUCUUAUGAAGUUCUACUUUCUGCAUAUCCUUCUGGACACCCCAUUGUUUUGGUUCUGACCAAUCCAAAACUGAAACAGUUGUCAGUGAAGAUUCUGCAUCAAAUCAAAUGCCAACUAAGAGAAGGGACUUCAUAAAUCCUAUUACAACACCCCAAAGAGGGGCCCUUUCACUCGCAUCCAAC